UUCUACUUAGACUGUUCGUACGUCUUAAGUUUUUUAGCAAUAAAAAUAAUUGACAACAACAAUCAUCAAUCUGUAAGCAGAAAAAAUGCAGGCGAACGAAGCAAAGGUUCUUGAAAUGUCCGUUGACGCUUUGAUCGUUCGUGCCAAAGCAAUACGAAAAGCUUUGGAAGAUUUCCUUUUUAAAUUGACCAAUGAACAUCAGACACUUACAUGGCCCACAGUGCUGGACAACUUUGCAUUACUGUCCGGCCAGAUAAGUUCCCUGCUUGCUGCAAUGAAAUCAGAAAAGAUGCCGGCGUUAAGAAACUAUCCCAUUGUUCCAGUGAGGCUGUCACCUGAUCCUGACCCGCAUUUAUUGGCGCUCACAGAGGGGCGAGUGUCACUCAUGUCACAUACUGAAACACCUAACUACCUUCGAACAAAACCUGACCCAGCAGUUGAGCAAGCAGAGCGACAACUUAUAUCUGAAGUUGGAUUGCACACAGAGAAUGUUUCUAAUGCUCAAUCGCAAGUAGCCAUGUUCAACAAGCAAUGCAACAAAGUGUUGGAAAAAGUGAAGACGGCGCGUGCCAAUUGGCGAGCUGACACCGUCACUUCACGAAGCAACCCUCCAACUUUUAAUCCCAAAGCCACAGAAGAAUUAGUGGCAGCUGCAUACUUUGGUCGUGGACUGAAACCUCCUCAGUCUUUGGCUUCCCAACCCCAGAUAAACACCAGCACUGUAACAUCGUUUGCAGUGAGAGGAACAAUGCCGGUUUCUGGGAGGCUCAACACUGGUGUAAGGAUGCCAGUGACCAAAAGAACUUGAUUUCUAAAAGAAAGUUUCACCUUUAUUUUGUUAUUGUAGCAAACUGCAUUUGAAAACGCUUAGGUUUAUAUUUAGUCUUACGCAACUGCUAUUUACAGCAGUUUUCGGUUUCGUUCGUUUUGGUGAAAAAUCACUGCCUUUCUCUAUAAAUAGCUACCUAAAUUUGGUUGUUUAUGAAAUUACAUACGCAACA